AGAACAGGGAUGUACCUGCCUCAUGUCUUGAUUUAGAUUGGAUCAAAGACAGCUAACAGACACAUCAUGCCUCAACGACUGUCGCGUCUCCAUCUAAGAUCAGCUAACACGUAGUCAGCCCAUCUAUCUGCUGCAACGAUAAAGGCAGCCUCCACAGCACUUCCACUUCAACUUCCCUCUUUCAUCCCAUCUGCCUGUCUACGCAUCUUUCACCACGAACAAUUGCAGCAGCAAACAUGAUCAAAUUCUCAAACCAUAUUUCUUGGUUGUCAAUGCCUGAUGCCGAAGCCUCUGGUGAUGCCCAUCAGUUUCUGAUGGUCUCUUGUGCAUUUGCUCUCUGGUUUCUCUUUCUUUCCUUCAUUGCCUUCAUGCUUUGUAUCCUCCUCGCAAACAACGACUUUCGCGCCGUUUGUCACCAGAUUGCUCGUAAGACUUUUUCUGCAUCGGUUCCUGUCAGGGCUGGCUUCUUGGCUCAUCUGAGGGCUUACUUGGACUCGGCCAUCUUUACUCUCAUGACGCAUCUACGCGCCUCGUUGGAAACAACCAUCUCCAACUUCAGCCCUCAUAUCACCUACUUCAAGGCUGCCUUCAACGAGAACGUUAUGGGUCCCACCAUCCGUCCAGCUCUCCAAGAUAUCAGCACUGGCAUCAAGUCUGCUCAAGACUGUAUCGCCAAACUUGCUGUCCUGACCAACAACCGUAUCCAAGAUCUGAUGAAGGAUGAGCAGAGAAUCAACAACCUCAUCUCUGGCUUCCUGAACCUAUACUUCACGGCUACAGGCGUGUGGGCCUUUUGUAGCUGGCUCUCUUUGCCGUCUCUUUGCCUCAAUGGCUCCUUUUGCUUCGCAUUCAAGGUCCACUUCUUCUAUCUUCCUAGUAUUGCUUGCUUGAUAUACAACGCUUUGUUGAUCCGUAAUUACAUCGAACUUCAUGUGCCUGUCAUCGCUGACUACGUCUUUGACUCCAUCCAUGAUGCUACUGGAUACUACUGGAGAAACAUCGAGAUCCAGGAGAGCUUGGGUAUUUCACUUCCCUCUUCUGAUAAUUUCACCAGUCAAGAUGAUGAUCUGCCUGACAUGGAAGAGCUCUUUGUGUCGCAUAUGAACAGGAACACUGUGCCACGACCCGACAAUAUGGUCAAUCUACUUGCUGAUUUCAUUAAACUCCGAGACGAUCUCUCUGUCAAGUUGCCCGAGCUCGUACAUGCCAGCUUCGAAGCCACCGCGUUGCAGAACGGUUACUUUGCCCUCCACCACAAUACCAUGAAGGAGGUAAUCGAUGAUCUUAGCGAAGGCAUUCGUUGCAAGGCCAUUCAUGAUUACGUGAAUCUAGCCUUGGAGGACAUUGAGGAAUACAUGGAGGACUUCCCUUGAAAUAUGCAUACAAUUCUAAGUAACAUGUUCUUGCACAAAGGGCCAGAUCGGGUUUACAUCUCCCCUUUCUUCAACAUACCUUUUCAUUUUCUCUAGCUUGAAAAUCACAAUAACACCAGCUCAUAUCUCCAUCCAAU